AUGGUAGUCAAGCUGGGACGGGACAAUAUUCGCCGGACUUGGGCAUGGAAAUGGAGAUGGAAAUGCAAAGUGACAGAGGAAAUGGAGAAAGGAAGACCUGUGAAGAACCAAAUAGCGUUAUGGGACCUUCUUUUGGAAGGAAGAAUCAAAUUGCAGAAGGCCCUACUCACUUCCAACCAGCUUCCACAGCCAGAUACGUUCCCAAUAUUCAAGGUCAAGGGAGGACCAGAGUUUGCCAGCAUCCUUAAAAACAAUCACAAGGCACUUAAAGCAUUAUUGAGGUCUCUGGUGGAUCUUCAGGAUGAACUGCCUUACCAGCAUCCAGUCACGAGGCACCGGGUAGAUGGGAAAAAACAAAGUGAGGAGGAAAUUUCCAGUGAAGAGGAGGAGGAAUUGCUUGUUGAGGAGGGACAGCAGCAUCAGCAGCAGAGGAAAGGGCCACCUAAGCGGAAGAAGCUAGAGAUGAGUGACUACCCUGUCUUGAUGGCAAAACGCUUUGCUGAUUUCACAUCCUAUCGUAAACGAACGCUGCAAAAAUGUCACGACAAAACCGAUUUGGCUUCUGCCAAGCCGGGAAAUGGUUUUGGAACCAUAGAGCGCCCAGUCCUGACUCAGAUAGAUCAUAUUCUGAUAGACAGAGAGAGAUUACCUCGGCGGACGCAGACUAAGCGCUCUUUGUACCGUGUUCUGGGCAAGGCCGAGCCAGAACUCCAGCCUAUCCCCGACAGUGUGCCAGGACAGCAGGGGAUUUUGCCUCAGGCUCCAGCCAACGCUCAUUUGAAGGACCUGGAUGAAGGGAUCUUUGAUGAUGAUGACUUUUACCACCAGCUUCUACGAGAACUUAUAGAACAGAAGACCAGUUCCUUGGAUCCAAAUGAUCAGGUGGUCAUGGGCUGGCAAUGGCUCGCUAUUCAGAAGUUAUGGAGUAGAAUUCACAAGAAAGUGGAUAGGAAAGCCUGGAAAGGAAGAAAACUCCGGUAUCAUGUCCUUAAUAAGCUGCUGAGCUUCAUGGCACCUACUGACCACACUACAAUGGCUGAUGAUGCCAGGGUUGCUGUCUCGGAAUUGUCCGUCCUCACGGCCACGUCCUACGACCGAUACUCCACCAUCUCAUUCGGCGUAGUCUGCUUCAUUCUCAUCAUUUUCUCGUACGUGAGCAUCUUCCGGGCCCUGGAGCUGCUCGCGUCCGUGUUCUACACCGUGGUGCCCCCCGCCGAAAUAACCCGGCCGUCGUCUGAGGGGACGGCGCCACCUUCCGGAGAGCCUAGAGGGGUAGAGAGGAUACUGACAGCUCCGACCCCUCACCCAGACCUCUCUGUCACAGCCACCCGCGUCCAGAAUCGACGAGAUAGGGUCCGGGAGCUGCAGCUUGUCCAAGCCAGGUUGUUUCUCCUGAUUUACCUGGAGGCCCUGGAGGGGAAUCUCCUCAUCGUCUCCGUCAUCGCCCUCGACCUGCACCUCCAAUACCCCCAUGUCUUCCUGGUGGUCUACCUUGGCGGUUCGGAAUUUUUCAACGACUGCUACGUGGCCAUCUGCUGCCUCCUGGGCAAUGGUGUCAUCAUGGACCCAGGGGCCUCUGUAAAGAUGACUGCCGCCUCCUGGCCUAGCAGGGGGAUGUGUGGAAUCUUGGUUUCAGCUCCAACCUUCUCUCUGUUCUUCUGUGGGCUCAACGUCGUCCGCCAGGUCCUCUGUGAUGCCCCCUCCCAUUUGAAUAUCACCUGCUCCGAGUACUACCUCGCCAUCAAUGUGUGGGUGACUACCGGGGUGGCGGUCGCUUUCCUCUGCUUCGUCUCUAUCGUCAUCUCGUACAUGUGCAGCUUCCGGGCCGUGCUGAGGACGCCGGCCGCUGAGGGCUGCCCCUCGACGCUGGACUUGCUGGUGUCCGUGUUCUGCACCACGGUGCCCCCCUCCUUGAACCCCCUCAUCUACAGCCUGAGGAAUCAGGAUGUGAAGGCCGCCUUGGGGGGGCGGUCCUUGGAGGGAAUGGCUUCCAUUUUGGGGUGA